AUGCAAUCAUUCAAAGAGCUUGGAUAUGAUUUCCAGCUCUCUAUGGAUGGAUGGCUUAUCUGGAGACUUAGAUGUGCAUGGGCAUGUUCCUGCCAUGACCAAGAUAAGGCUGGGGAGGCGUAUCUGAAGGCAUUCCGUGCACAAUAUAUCUGUGGGCAGCUUGUUAUUAUGAUUCGGUACUCAAUCAAGUCUCUUAUUUCCGGUGAUUAA